AUGUCCACCAUCUCCAUCUCCACCCUCCAGCGCAUCUCACCCAGCACCCUAGCCUCUCGCCUCUCCUCUCUUCAAGCGCCACUCUCUGACUCCGGAAGCUCCAUCGCUGUCAUCGAUGUGCGCGAUAGCGACUACAUCGGCGGACACAUCCUGGGGUGCCAGAAUGUGCCAUACGCCAACUUGGAUUGGAAGAUGCCGGAGUUGGUGCGUGAGCUGAAAAAUAAAGAUACGGUGGUGUUUCACUGCGCCUUGAGUCAACAGAGAGGCCCUAGUGCUGCCUUGCAGUAUCUGAGGGAGAGGGAGAGGUUGCUGAGUGGAGAGGCUGGAGGGGAGAAGAACGUGCAAGAGGUGGUCGUGCUUGAUGGAGGGUUCACGAAGUGGCAAGAGACGUAUGGGACCGAUGAGAAGUUGACGGAGGGAUACCUGAAGGAUAUUUGGGCGUUCGGAGGUUAG